AUGUUUGCGAAGGCAGAAAGGUGGCGGAAGCCGCAGCCCAGCGGCCCUGGCCCGGGUGCCUAUGAGGCCCCGUACGGGGCGGGCUUCACGUUCGGCCGGCGAUGGACGCGCGACACCUGCCGUCAGAGGCAUCAGAGGCAGAGGCGAGUGGCGGCGCCAGCGGCGCUGCCUGGGCCCACACUGCUGGUGGCCCGGUCGCCGACUCCGUAUAUGGAGACCGUCAUAGGCAAGGGCGGCCUCGCCCAGGUGAUCUUGGGCCGAUUCGGCGGCCGCAAGGUUGCCGUGAAGGUGGUGAGCGAUGAGAAGAACGAAGAGCUGCGGAAGGAGUUUGAAAUUCUCCAAAUCGUGGCCGGGCACCCGCAUGUGGUGCAGGUGAUUGAUUUUGACGAAACGAGCGCAAGAAGCGCAAUAAUCAUGGAAAUGCUGGGACCAUCACUGCUCCGCAUGAUCAGCUUCCCGGGCUCAGUGGCCCCGUUUGCGGUGCAGGAUGUGGCUGUGACCCUGCUGAACGCCCUGAAGCACAUACAUAGCUUCUGCGUCGCACAUUGCGACAUCUCCGCGCGCAACGUUUGCAGCCGGCUGGGGCUGGGGUGGCAGAUGGUGCUGAUCGACUUCGACAGCGCCCAGAUCCACCAAAGCUUGGAGGAAUUGUCCGAGGGCCGGAUCAAUCUUGAACACUUUCGUGCCCAGGACAUUUCACGGAUCAACCACUUCAAAGAGGACGUCUUCGCGGCGUCCUGCGUGGUCAAAGCGGUGGAGGACCUCGUCAAGGUUGCCGUGAAGGUGGUGAGCGAUGAGAGGAAGAACGAAGAGCUGCGGAAGGACGUCUUCGCGGCGUCCUGCGUGGUCAAAGCGGUGGAGGACCUCGUCAAGGACGUCUUCGCGGCGUCCUGCGUGGUCAAAGCGGUGGAGGACCUCGUCAAGGACGUCUUCGCGGCGUCCUGCGUGGUCAAAGCGGUGGAGGACCUCGUCGAGGACCGCUUGGGCACCUUCCUGGGUAUCAAGAGCUUCUUCGACGGCUUGGCCGGCACUUUGUCGCCGGCCGUGGGCGGGUUUCUCUACACUCGCGACCACUUCUUGCCGUACGGCCUCAGCUGCGGGCUGUGCGCGGUGACCGCCGGCGUCUUCGCGAGCUUCGCGCCCCUGCAGGAGAAGCCUGUCUCCAAGGAGGAGGUGGAGCCAAUGCUCAGCAAGGAGCUGGAAUCCGACAGCGAGGCGGAGGACGAGGACACAGGGCGUUUCCUGGCGGAGAAUCUGCCCUUCAGCAAGUCCUCCAUGAUGGUGAAGCUGAUGACCAACGAGCUGGGAAUCAUGAUGGAUGAGCAGCUGAAGACCGCCCUGUACGACAAGUUCGGGGUUCAGGGCACGGAGGCCAGGAAGAAGCACGUCAGCCGCAGCAACACCAUCGGGGUGGACAACUUCGCGGCCUCCCAGCAGUCGGUGCCCGCGCGAAGAUUGAGGGCAAGCUGCACGCAGCCGGAAUUCCCUGAAGAGAUGUCUCCGAAGACGUCCAAGUCGGAGGACGAGUGGCAAGAUGACUGGGACCGCGGCAAGCGAGGGCCCUUUUUCCUGGCCAAAGAUACGCUGCAGGAUAUGAAGAAGAGCUGCGAGUGGGGUGGCCGCUUCAGCCACGACAUUGGCCGCUGCGGCCGUGCGGUAGGCUGGGGCCAUAUCUACCCCGAGUACUUUGGACAGGUCACCACCGCGAGCUCCUUCUUCCGGCACUGCGCCUUGCCGCGCUUCCGCCAGGACUACUUCACAUACAACGCCUCCGCACAGCUUGUGCCCGAAGGCAGACUGCCUGUGGAGUGCCGUGUGCUGGAGCCGCACUAUGCCAUUGUGCUGGCAGCCUUGAGCUUGCUGGCUUUGGUGUCGCUGAUCCAGGUCUGCAAGACCUCGCUGAGGUCCUGCCGCUGGCAGCGCCGUGACCAGUUCAAGCCCUCGCCGUCGGAGGUGUCGCUAGGCUCGAUGAAGCUGCAAGGCCACGUGCCCAUCGGCCCAAAGGAGGCGAAGCUUCGCGGCAACCACCGCUUCGAGUUGCUGUCCAGCCGAAUACGCACAGAAGAGGAGGUGGGUUGGUGGCUGUGGUGCCAUCUUUCGGCUCAGACCUCCAUCCUCGAGAGGCAGAUCCAGGCAGAGGCCGCGGCCUUGCGCGCGCUGCGCGCCCGGGCGAAGUAUGUGCCCAGGCCGGCCGGCGCUGAGGAGGAGAGCGACGAGGAGGAGGAGGAGGACGGCCCAGACUUCCUCCAACACGGUGACGAGCUGGGGAAAGCCAUGGUCAUCGUGCACAAGCGGGCGCUGGAGGGCGUGGCUGCGUGGUGCGUCUACGUGGCUGGGGGUCUUUGCAUGCCCUCCGGCAUCCAGAAGAGCCAGCUGAAGGAUGUGGCCACCAACAUCGAUGAGAAUGUCAACCGGCCUCUUCCGAAGCUCUUUGCAGAGGCGCUACUCCUGCGGACCAUGGAGUCUCUGAGCGAGCACAUCUUGCAUUGCCCGGAGCGCUUGGCCUUUCUGUACUUCAAGAUCUUGGUGGCUUCAAAGGAAGAGUGCGGGGACGAUGACAACGUGCCGGCGCACUUCAUCAUCGAUCUGGAGACUUUGCAGGAUGGCUUGGACCAGAUGCAGUUCCACUCCAAUCCCUAUGAGUGGGCAAGGAUGCCCAAUGGAAAGCAGUCGCUGGGGAUCAACUUCGAUGACAUCAACGAGUGUGGCAUCCAGUGCAGAGAGGAGGUUGUGAAGACGUACAAGGAGCCAAGGAGCCUCAUGGUUGUCGUGGACUUCAUGAUCUGCUACCGUGUGCCUUUCAUGCUGAAGGCAUGGACGCUGCUGAUUGCGGUGUACAUCUACCUGGGCACCGGCUUCGGCAACGACAUCACGACAUCCUUCAAUGGUAGCUGGUUCAAGCCCAAGUGGUUGAGGCUGAACUUCAUCCAGUACACCGCAGCGGCAGAUGCAGCUUGUUGGGUGAUGUUAGAGACCAUCACCAUUUGCUAUACCUGCUGGCAAAGGUGGCCUUCUCUCUGCCGGCGUUCCCCAGGGGUACCAGGACUCUUUUGGAUCCUGAAGCACUUCGUGAACGCGUGCCUCUCCGCUGCUGGCUGCCUCAUGGUGUGGAGCAACGCCAAGUUCGCUACGAAGCCUUGGCAGUGCCGGCAGUCAGAUGCCAACGAGUGUGUGGAUCCUCGAGCCGCCAGCUUUCAGGACCUAUGGGAGACGAUGAGCUAUGCCUUGAUCUACUGGCUGGCGAGAGUGCUGCUCUUUUGGCUCAUGCACCGUAGGUCCUUCCCGAUGUUCAUACAUGGGACCCCGUGGCACACAGCACGCAGAGAAGGUGGGCGAGGGCGGUGCGACAAGGCCAAAAAGGACUGCCGCGUGCGGAUGCUCUGGAUCCUGAUGUUGAUGUGCAGCAUGGCCAUCGAAGUCUUCAUCAUCCUGCCAUCGAUGAAAGGCUUGGAUCUGAACACCGCCUGUGGGCUGGACACCUUUGGCAACGUCACCGGGCUGCCCUUCCAGGUGGGCGAGUGCUCCGAGAAGGAGAGCAUCCUCGACUUUGGUUGCGUUACAUGCAUCGGCAGCGUGCUCUUCGCGCUAGCGCUGGUCUUCCUGGGCUCCAUGGUUGAUGUGUACUUUGUCUUCUACAUCUUCUCAGCCGUUUUCGGCAGCAUCAUGGGGCACCGACGACACUUGAACGACGUGAAGAACAUCUCCGUGCCCAUCGACCUGCGCCCAGGUGUGGGCAAAGACGCCCACCGCUUCGAGGCGGCUUUCGGGCCCCAGUGGCAGAUGAUCUGGCGCGAGAUCGUCCAAAGUUUGCUAGACGAGUCUUACAUUAGCGUGCGCAUGGGCAAGUGGCUAGUUGAAGCCGCAGGGAUCGGGGUGGACGGGCAAGAGCUGCUGAACCGGAGGGACAAGAAGGAUCAGCCGAUCCACCUGUCCCGGUUCCCGGCCAUGGCGGCGGAGCGCCUCGCCUUCUUCUUCCAAUCCCUCGCCUGGAUCCAGGACCCGGGUGGCGGCAUCAAGUUCCGUGCGGAGACGGAUGCGCUGACGGCGGGGCUCUUUGACCCGGGCACCGUCCCCUCGCUGACGCAGAUCAUCCCGGCCUACAACGAGGUGGUGAUCCCUACCGUGGACUUCCUCCGGGCUGGGGCGCUGCCCGAGGAUGCGAUGAACCAAAGUCCGGAUGAUCAGCCUGGGAUCGGCGAUCUCACGGCGCCUCCUCUGGGAGAUGGAGUGAAUUCCAACCUCGCCUUCAUCAUAUCGCAGUUCCCGGAGGAAUGGAUGUUCCUGGCGAAGAGGCUGUUCCAAGAGGGUCUACUGGAACAGCCGAAUUCCCAUGAGCUCUACAAAAGCUUCAUGAAGAAGAAGCUCAGGGAGGACCUGGUGAUCGAGGUGCGUCUCUGGGCGGCCAUGCGCACUCAAUCCGUUGCAAAGACUGUGGUCGGGGCUCUCCAAUACGGGAAGGCGCUGGCGUCACUGCCAAAGAUGAAGCAGUACUACGCGCAGUUUCCCGAGAAGCGCAAUCCCGAGGAUCACGCAGAGUUGAUCCUCGCUCAUCAGACAUAUGGAAUGAAAGCUCCGGAAGGCAAUCCCGAGAAUGACGAAGCGAUCAGGCUAUUGCUCACCAGGCAUGCCAACGAUCCGAUUUUCCUCGUCUUUGACCUGACGCCUGCGACGUUAGAAGAAGUUUGGUACAUGGUGGAGGCCUUUCUCACCCGAAGAGGUGGAUACCAAUUGGGUGCUUUCACCUAUGCCAGCGUGAAAUGCAGGUGGGAUUCUGCGACGGCGGGCCUGAGUAUUCUGGAGGUGCUUCCACGAAAGUAUCCGCUGCGAAUAGGCCAAGGAGAGUUCAAGACGCAGGGCAAGGCCUGCAACCAGCUAAACGCCCUGCGCUUCGCGUCUGGGCACUACAUACAGGCCUUGGACUGCAACAUGGGCACCUUCCGGGGUGAGGGCUUCAAGGUUCCGUAUGUUCUGCGGCUCUUCAUGCCUCUGGACAAAAAGAACCGUGUGGCCACACGCUGCCGGUACUUGGGCUUUCGGGAGCACAUCUACACCGGCAGGGAGGGGACCGUGGGCAAGUGCCACGCAGCGGCGGAGUGGACCUUCGGCACCAUCUACCAGCGCUUCCUCAGCGGCAUGGGCACGCGAAUGCAUUACGGGCAUCCCGAUUUUGUGGACGGCUUCUGGGCCAGAAACCGAGGAGGGAUGAGUAAGGCCUCGCCCGUCGUGAACCUUAGCGAGGACAUUUUUGCAGGCUACAACGUCCACAUGAGAGAGGAGGCCUCGCCUCAUGUGGAUGCGCUGGAGUUCGAGAAGGGGCGAGAGGCGGCGUUCAACGCAGCGUCGAGCUUCUUCUCGAAGAUCUCUGGUGGAAGCGUCGGCAUUAUUCGUUCCAGAGACAACCAUUUACUGUGCGAAAGGAUUGGCAUUUUGCAUUCGUUAUCUUUUUACUUCACCUCGGUUGCCUUUUACGUCAGCAAUCUGUUGAUCGACAUUUCCAUCUCCUUAUAUGUCACCCUUUUCAUAGUGUUCACCCUGGCCAACAUCGACCUGACCAAGCUCUCGGCCCUGGGCUCCUCCUUCAGCUCUGAGUGGCUCUUAUCCCUCGGGAUCAUGAGUCUUUUUCCACAGCUGUUCGAGAUGAUCCUGGAGUUCGGAGCGGUCAGGGCGUGUAAAGAGGUCUUUGGUGGACUGAUCGCAUCCACGAUGUUCUUUAUCUUCCAAAACAAGAACAUCUCGGCUGCCAUGCGCGACGGCGCGGCCUCUGGGGUGGCGAGGUACUUCUUUACAGGCCGACCACUGGCGAAUCAGCAUCAGACCUGGAAGGACAGCUACAUCAGCUACUGGAAGUCUCACUACUCACCAGCGAUCCGCCUCAUGGUUCUGUACAUCGUGUACAACUUGCUGGCCAGUCAGACCUUCCAGGGUCGGCUGCCCAUGUUUCUGGUGGUGGUGUCCUUUAUCUCCUGGGUUGUGACCCCUGUGAUCUUUGCGCCUUUUCCACGGUGCGAGCUCAUAGAGCAGGAUUUGAGGGAGUUUGCUGGCUUUAUCAACGGUCGUGCUGGGAUGUCCGAGAAGGAGCUUCCUGAAGUGGUGGAGCGCGGUCAGAGGGGGCGAGUACGGACCAUUUUCGAGUGCGGCCUGGUGGACGCGGUCAGCUACUGGACUGGCAUGCCACUGGUCGUGCUUAGCUUCAACCUCUUGAGCAGGUUGCUCGUGUGUGUAGCUUUGGCGCUUGCGCUGCCAGCUGAGAUCAUCGACUUCCUGUGGGUGUACCUCGUGGUGCUCAGCGUGCAAUGGGUGCUGGUGCUGGGCUUUUUCACCUUCGGUCUCAACAAUAUCCUCCUGACGUUAUCGCUGCUCGUGUGGCUUUUGGUGCUUCCAAUCGGCCGUCUGGUCAUCGGGACCAGGGCUGUGAGCCCAUCGCUGUGGAUGCGAUUGCCGGAGUACUUCAUCUCCUUCCUGGUUUUUCUGGUGUUUUUGGGUUUGGUUCAUCACGUUCUGUUGACUGCCUGCCGUGUCAUCAUCAGCAUGCAGGCGAAUCUUUGCUGCUUCGGCUUGGACGAGCGCAACCACAGGAUACAACGAUGGGUGAGGCUAGCUCAUGUCUACUUCUUUGGGCACCAGCUUCACACCCUGCAGGCCUACAUUGUGCUGUCAGCGGACCUUCUGUCCUCGCUCUUGAUUGCAGGUUUGGAUAAGGUUUGCAGAAUACACACCUGGUGGCUCCUGAACUACGAGUUGGCGCGGACCGACCAAAGGGAGCCGUAUCUCCAGAACAAGCCCACGCUUCUGGAGCAGGAGUGGCAGAGGCACGGGCACCAGUCCGAGACCUCUUCCUACCUGGGUGGCGACACAUCUGAGGAGAACGCCGACAGCAGCUCGUCUGAGGCUGCGUCCCAGAGCCGCCUGCUGCCAACAGGCCAAGGCUACGCGCGCGCAGCCCCGAUCGAGGAGCGCGCUAGCGUUUGGUCCACAACGCCCGGCUGGUCUGGAGGAGUGUGGCCUGCUAUAGGCGUGGCAGGUUCGAUGGCAUGAGAUGUGAACGUCUCGGUCCGGACCUGCUCGCUCAAAACGCUGGCGCUUGAGAUCUGGUGCGUCUAAACCUCCCAGGAAGCUCCGAUGGAUGUGGAUCAAAGAUUCGACCCCUUGUCCGU